AUGAAACUCCUUUCGAAUCCACUGACCAUCCGCUUCUUCACUUGUAACCCACUCGCUUCAAAGCCUUUCUUCAAACCCAUCAAAGCCUCCGUCCAGGCUCCUCCUCCAGACUUCGACUUCCGCAACGAACUCGCGUUGGAUUCACGCGCCGCAAUCGCCAGCACUUUCCCGGAGCUGCUCGACCUCGCCGAUAACGGGACGCUAGUUCUUGUCCAGAAGCAGAGUUUCGGCCCAACUCCAGCCUGGCGCAAGGAGUUCGUCGAGCCUGAGUACAUUUGGCUCGUUGGCACUUCUCAUAUCUCGCCUGAGUCUGCCGCCCAUGUCGAGCGCGUGGUACGCACGGUGAAGCCAGAUAAUGUGGCCGUCGAGCUCUGCCGUAGCAGGAAAGUCUAUUUCUAUGUUCACUCAUAG